AUCGAAACCUAGAACAUCGAAAACCUCAGACACUCGACACUCAUCUUCAAAAUGUCUCUGACACCAGGAUCUUUGUUCACACUCUCUCUCCUCCUCCUCCUCCUCCUCCAUCUUCAUCCUUCCACAGCCACCUCAUCACUCCACAGCCUUCUCCAAAGCCAUGGCCUCCCCGGCGGCCUCUUCCCCAACACCGUCAAGUCCUACAACCUCGACCCGAUGGGCCGCCUGGAGGUCCAUCUGGACUCUUCUUGCAUGGCCAAGUUUGAGAACCGGGUCUACUUCGACAACACAGUCAGAGCCAAUCUCAGCUUUGGAGGGCUUAAAGGCUUGGAGGGUCUGAUCCAAGAAGAGCUCUUUCUGUGGUUACCGGUCAAAGGAAUCUCAGUUUCUGAUCCAUCUUCUGGGUUGAUUCUGUUUGAUAUUGGUGUUGCCCAUAAGCAGCUUUCUCUUUCUCUCUUUGAAGACCCUCCUCUUUGUAACCCUCAAGGGGUUUCAGUGAAUGAGGAUGUGGUGAUGAAAACUGAAUUUGAGGCGCAAAGAUGAGUGAUCGUCGCUCUGUUUCGUUGACAGAUAAUUUUCUGGCUCUUAUUAUCGUGUGGUUGUUUUUGCAGUAAACUGAAUGUUAAUGUUGAUAGAAACUAAUAGGGUUGUAAAAAGUAAGAAGAUUUGGAAUCAAAUGAUAGAACUUUGGAGUUCUGUUCCUUAUGUUGGUUGUGGUAGUUGGUUGUGAUACUAGGUCUCAUAUAUUAUGUGUGGCUUUUGCUUGAAUACUUGUGGUUUUCAGUGCAAGCAUGGAACUUGGAUUCCAUUAGUAUUUGGUUUCAAGUCUGCGGCUAAGGAUGCUGCAAGAAUUCUUGAUUUCGACGGGAGUAUGGGAGCAGAAAACUAAAAUUCAGACCAGAGAUGAGGAUCGUUUCAAAUUUUCAAUGACAGAUAAUCUUAGAAUUUUGUUUUUGUGGUGUGUUUUCUUGUAGUAAGAAAAAUAAGGGUUAAUGUUUGUAGAAGCUGUUAGUGUUGUAUAAAAGGAAUACCGAGUAUUGUAUUUGGAAUCAAAUGAUAGACUCUUGGGAGUUCCUUCUCUUAA